AACUUUUGCUAUUCUUCGUCACUCUUGGUUUGAAACUCGUCGAAUUCAUAUUGACACGUUGCCGUUGGGUAGUUCUCUCAACUUUUGGCUACUACUUAGAAGCAGAAACUCUUCAAAUAUGCGUGAAAUAGUCCAUGUUCAGGCAGGCCAGUGCGGUAACCAAAUUGGAGCCAAGUUCUGGGAGGUUAUUUCUGGUGAACAUGGCAUCGAUCCUUCAGGCAGCUACCAGGGCGAUUCCCCGCAACAGCUUGAGCGCAUCGACGUCUACUACAACGAGGCCAGCGGUGGGAAGUACGUACCAAGGGCCGUGCUCGUCGACCUCGAACCAGGCACCAUGGACGCGGUCCGAUCUGGGCCUUUUGGGUUCAUCUUCCGACCAGACAACUUUGUCUUCGGUCAGAGCGGCGCUGGGAACAACUGGGCCAAGGGUCACUACACAGAGGGCGCUGAACUGGUUGACUCCGUGAUGGAUGUUGUCCGUAAGGAAGCUGAAACCUGUGACUGCCUUCAGGGAUUCCAACUGACCCAUUCCUUGGGAGGAGGAACAGGUUCCGGUAUGGGCACACUUUUAAUAAGCAAGAUCCGGGAAGAGUACCCAGAUCGCGUCAUGAAUACCUUCAGUGUGACCCCCUCACCUAAGGUUUCUGAUACCGUCGUCGAACCUUACAACGCUACACUAUCCGUCCAUCAGCUUGUAGAGAACACGGAUGAGACGUUCUGCAUUGACAACGAAGCCCUCUACGACAUCUGCUUCCGUACCCUGAAGCUCACCACACCCACCUAUGGUGAUCUAAACCAUCUUGUCUCUGCAACCAUGAGUGGCGUCACAACUUGCCUCAGGUUCCCUGGCCAGCUUAAUGCAGAUCUUCGCAAGCUGGCUGUCAAUAUGGUGCCAUUCCCCCGUCUUCAUUUCUUUAUUCCUGGCUUUGCCCCUCUAACAAGUCGUGGAAGUCAACAGUAUCGCGCCCUCACAGUUCCUGAGCUCACCCAGCAAAUGUUCGAUUCCAAGAACAUGAUGGCUGCAUGCGAUCCUCGACAUGGCCGCUACCUAACCGUCGCAGUUAUCUUCCGUGGUCGUAUGUCCAUGAAGGAGGUCGACGAACAGAUGCUGAACAUUCAGAACAAGAACAGCAGUUACUUCGUAGAAUGGAUCCCAAACAACGUCAAGUCUGCUGUUUGCGAUAUACCCCCACAAGGCUUGAAGAUGUCUGGGACUUUCAUCGGCAACAGCACCGCCAUCCAGGAGCUCUUCAAGCGCAUCUCUGAGCAGUUCACCGCUAUGUUCAGGCGAAAGGCCUUCCUUCAUUGGUACACUGGUGAGGGUAUGGAUGAAAUGGAGUUCACUGAAGCUGAGAGCAACAUGAAUGACUUGGUGUCUGAGUAUCAACAGUACCAGGACGCCACGGCUGAAGAUGACGGUGAUUUCGAUAACGAAGAGCCAGAGGAAGAAGAGGAAGAAUUCGACUCUUAAAGUCACUCGACAACCAUAACUUAUCCGUUAACCUCAUAUCAAGUAUGAUAAACAUACAACUGGGGAGGGGGUCGGAAUACAAGAUUUACAAUACAAUACUUAUUUUUCAGUUACACCAGUUAUAAACUUAACUCUACCCAACAACUACUUAACUAUUUAAAAGAAAAACAUGUAUGAGCAUUUAUCUUUUUUUCGGCGUUCAUAUAACUAAUAAAGAGUUAAACGCUUGUAUAUUUUUAACUGUAGGCUUAUUGCGUCUAAAGAAAACCCGCAUAGACUUAUGAAAAUGUAAUACGAUAAACAUUAUAAAAGGAUAAGGGAAAAUAUUUAAAGGUUACGUAUAUCAAUGAAAUAAUAAAUACAUUGAACACCUUAUAUACAAGUGCGAAUAAAUAAGAGGUACAAUCUUUCAGAUACGUUGAAACGACGCGUCGCGACGCUUCGUGGAAAUGUUGCGGUGAAGACGAGACCUGGGAAACGAGGACUGGCGAGUGAGGACUUCAUUAACGUUCGAGAGGACAUGGUGCAAUUGAAUGUGCAAUGAAAGAAGUGAUAUGAUGGUCAUCUCACAGCAGACAUAUAUUUUGUUAGUCAUAAAUCAAUUUGGUUCUUAACUUUUGAUAUAAAAUCAAAUAAAUCAGAUUGUGUAUGAUAUAUCAUGCAGGUAAGACGCUGUCUUGUGACCCGUUUCAUAAAACUUAAACUAACUUGUUAUAGAAAUUUCGCAUUUUUAAAAAUAAUAAUAAGUCUUUCUGCAACCAUGGUUACGGGGUGGACCCUGUAUUUUUUUCUGACGAGAUGUUCGCCCGUUGACCAUGUUAACUAUAUCUCAAAUCCUUAUCUUUCUUUUGUUUAUCUGAGUACACUCAGAAAACAAUGCUCAAAUAAGAUAUAUCAAGAUUGUUUUUUACCUUAAUUUUAAGCUAAAAUUUACCGUUUUACUGAGUCGUACCAUGUGGAUAGAAAUUUAAUUCUUCAGCUGAGAAGCGAAUACCAAAAAUAAUACACAUUAAAAAAGACAUUGCAAUACUAACGAUUUUCACGAUUUAAAUAAAUUUUCGAUUUCAUCAUGGUA